AUGUCAAGCGCGCAGAUGCGCCGAAUUGGCAAGGAGCUAGCAGAUAUUCAUGAUGACACCAAGAGCCAAAUCAAAGCAAAGCCUGUCCAUGGGGACAAUAUCACCCAUCUGAUGGGUUCUUUUCCCGGGCCACCUGGAACUCCUUACGAAGGCGGCACUUACAAUAUCGAGAUAAAAAUUCCAACUGAUUACCCUUUUAAACCUCCAGUCAUGAGGUUCGAUACAAAAAUCUGGCAUCCGAAUAUCAGCAGUCAGACGGGCGCCAUUUGUCUCGAUACUCUGGCCGGUGCAUGGUCACCUGUAUUGACUAUCAAAUCAUCAUUGCUCUCUCUACAAUCUUUGCUCGGUGAUCCUGAGCCGAAAGAUCCUCAAGACGCCGAAGUAGCCAAUAUGAUGUUGCAACGGCCAAAGGAGUUCAUCCGUGUUGCCCGGCAAUGGGCUAUCAUAUAUGCCGGCGCCAUUCCUUAUGAUACUAAGGAUGAAGAUGGUGGGAUGGAUGAGGUUCAGGAAAUUCCUAUUGAUCUUUCUCGGUACGAUGGAUACAGCCAGAACUUGGUUGAUCAGUUCUGCAGCAUGGGAUUUGAUGUGGAUCAAGUUGUUCGGGGUUUUCAACAAGCUGGCAUGAAUCGCAAUGAAAUGUCGCUGGGAGAAGCAGACACCCUUCAUUUGGUGGCUAGCAUGAUCGAAGACGAUAUUUACCGUACAUCCUCGCAAUUUCGGCUAUGGUCCUACACUCAGGCCUCUUUACAGUCUCUCAGGGCCAGCACAAAUAUUAUCGCCAGUGAACGAGUGCGCAUCGCGUUGCAGCGAACUCGCGAACUUCAAUCCGCCACGUCUUCUGCGGCUGGAACACCACAACCAGGGAGCGAUAAUGAGGUAAAGAAGCAGGAUGAAAAGGGCAUCGAUCCUUUGACUCCUGAAGAGGAGCUGAUUCUCGUGCGAUAUUAUUGCGAACAGACGUUGAAACUGGGAGAGACAUACAAACCACCGCUCCCCACAAUAGUUCGAGCAACAGCUAUCCAGUAUCUUCGCCGUUUCUAUUUGACCAACUCUCCAAUGACCUACCACCCUAAAUCAAUCAUGUCAUGCGCACUCUUUCUCGCGACAAAGACCGACAACUAUUACAUGUCUUUAAGACAAUUUGCCGAAGGUAUCCCCGGCGAAACAUCGCAAGAAGAAGUUAUUGCUCCAGAGUUCCUGCUUAUUCAAGGCCUUCGUUUCACUUUCGACGUUCGACACCCAUUCCGCGGACUAGAAGGUGGAGCUAUGGAACUCCAGGCUAUCGCAGAAGGACAGGGCCUGCCUACACCACACUUCCCAAAUCAAGAUCCAAUCCAGCUUCAAAAGACCCUCCUCUCGAUUGCACCACCCACGACACCUUCUUCAUCCAUCACUGAUCGAAUCGCACGGGCACAUGGCAUGACUCGAGAGACACUAAAGUCCGCGGCGCAGCUGACAGACGUAUAUUUCCUUUAUACUCCUUCUCAGAUCUGGCUUGCGGCCUUCUUACUCGCAGAUAGGCCACUGGCUGAGUUCUACCUCGAGACAAAACUCGAUGGACCAGCCACCGAAACAGAUAACCAAAGCCCACUCUAUGAGCUCCGCAUCAAGCUGUUCAAAAUUCUCAAUGAUUGUGCCGCUAUUCUCCAAGCAUACACCCCUCUUUCCACGGAUCCAGAGCAGAUGAAAAAUCUAAAACGCAUUGCCAAAAAGUUAUAUCAGUGCCAAAAAUCCUCCAAGGGUAACCUGAAGCGUGAUUCGGCUCAGCCUCGAGUUCCGGGUGUUGCUGGGGUUGCCGACUCGGGACAGUUGACAGAAAGCGAAACGGAUCGUCUAGCUAAAAAGCAAAAACUAGAGCAAGAUCAAGAUCAAGGAAGGAAUAUGUUUGGUCCUGAGCUUGUGACUGAUCGGUUCAAGCAAUAA